CAGAGAGCCGUUUUAUACGCCUCGUCAAUUUGCACUUCCAUCCGCCACAGUCCUCUACACCCCACCAACUCCCUCUCGCUUCUCCUCAACCUCAAGCACACACAGAGACGACCUAACGUUCAGACAAGCCCCCUCAACAUGGCCACCCGCAUCCAAUUCGAGAACAGCAGCGACAUCGGAGUCUUCUCCAAGCUGACGAACAGCUACUGCCUGACGGCCAUCCAGGGCAGCACCAACUUCUACUCCGCCUUCGAGGCCGAGCUCGGCGAUGUCGUCCCCAUCGUCCACACGAGCAUAGGCGGAACACGCAUUAUGGUCGGCUCACAGCAGGUGCGCUUCCUUACAACUGCAUUCUGGAACCGCCACGGUCUGCUCGUGCCAUCAACAACGACCGACCAGGAGCUGCAGCACCUCCGCAACUCGCUCCCGGAGGCUGUCGCGAUCCAGCGAGUGGAGGAACGGCUCUCCGCGCUCGGAAACGUCAUCGCGUGCAACGACUACGUCGCACUCGUACACCCCGACGUCGACCGCGAGACGGAGGAGAUCAUCGCGGACGUGCUCAAGGUGGAGGUCUUCCGCCAGACGAUCGCGGACAACGUGCUCGUAGGCAGCUACUGUGCGAUCACGAACCAGGGCGGGCUCGUGCAUCCGAAGACGAGCGUGCAGGAUCAGGACGAGCUCAGCAGCUUGCUGCAGAUCCCACUGGUGGCUGGCACGGUAAAUCGUGGCUCAGACGUCAUCGGUGCAGGCCUUGUCGUGAAUGAUUGGUGCGCAUUCACUGGCCUCGACACAACCGCGACAGAGAUCAGCGUCAUCGAAGCCGCAUUCAAGCUACAAGGACAAAAUCAAGCGGCAGUCAUCGGGGAGAUGCGCGACUCCCUCAUCGACAGCUGGGCGUGAGCUCGGGCUGUGGGUUCUGGUACAUGUGGACAUCGCUCUUGGAUACCUGUAUGAUCUGGUCCUCGCUUUCGACUUUUUGGUGGCAGCAACAGCAGCAGCAGACAAUCAACUUGUAUCGAUACAUUGUCAUUGUAGAUUUACUCGCAAUUUCAGUAUCACCCGCACUCAUUGUUUCAUCA